GGUUUCAACACAUGCAAUAUUCAGUCAUAUAGUGACUAUAAAUAUAGAUGGUGAGAUUGGGAGGAAUCGCAGAGCAAAAAGCAAGAAAAAACUAGACAAAUUCAAAGAUCAUGGCAAUUAGUUUAAGGUUUUACCUUCUCUUGUUGACAAUCUUAUGUGCAGUCAAUCUUAGUUGCUAUGGUGAGCACCUGAAGAAAGAGAAUCAAGAACACCAUAAGCUGUUUUUUGUGUUUGGGGACUCACUUUUUGAUGCAGGCAACAAUCAGUAUUUAAACGGCAGCAAAAGUCCACCAUCAACCUCUUGGCCUUACGGAAUGAACUUCAAUAACCAUUCUACAGGAAGAUUAUCUGAUGGCCUUAUCGUCCCUGAUUUUAUUGCAUUAUUCGCAAAGAUGAAUCUGCUUCCACCAUUUCUGAAACCACAUGCUAAAUUUAGCAAUGGAGCUAAUUUUGCUUCAGCUGGAGGAGGGGUUCUUGAAGGAACUGCUACUGGAGUGAUGAAUCUUAAAAUACAAAUAAGCAAUUUCAAGAAGGUGGUAAGUUCAUUGGUGCAGAAAGUGGGUAAGGAAGAAGCUAAGAAAGUUUUGAGGAGAUCAGUUUUCUUGAUUAGCCUCGGAGGAAAUGAUGGAAAUGAUUUAAUUUUGGGUUUAACACAUUACCACAAUUGCUACUCAAAUGAAAGAAGGGGAAAUUCAUGCACUAUGGUCAUUGGCAAUUCUCACUAA